AGAAGAUAUGUUUGAAAUGACAACAUUUUUGGAAAAAAUUGAAGGUGGCGUAACAACGUUUGAUAAAAAAAUAAGUAACGUUUUUGAACAUAUUUUAACUUUAAAAAACAAAUCAUCUGAAAGAGGUUUUAAUCCUAUUAUCAAUAAAAUUGAUUCAAAUGAGUUAUUUGAACCAAUUGAUAGUCAGGGUAAAGUUGUUAAUAAAUACAAAAUACAUAAAAAACGUUAUAGAGGUCAAGAUGUGGCAUGUAAAAUCAUUGACGAAUAUGAUCAAUUUAACAAAAAUGAUCAACCAUGGAUGAAAUCCAAAUUAGAAACGAGUUUAAAUAAAGUUCGUGCGGAAUUAGCAAUUUUGAGUAAUUUAGGAAAAUGUGAUUAUAUUAUUAAUUUUUAUGGAUUAUGUGAAAUGGAUGGAAACACUUUGGGUGUAUUCGGAUGGACUGAAAAUGGAAAUUUGAAAGAACUAUAUGAGAAAUUUGAUAUCGGAUUGUCUCGAAAAUUAAAAAUUGCAUUAAAUAUUUGUCGCGGAAUUACUUUUCUUCAUGGAUGUCACAUUUUACAUCAUGAUAUUAGGUAGAUAUUUAAAGUUAUAAUGCCAAGACAUACUACUAGUUAGUAUACUAUUAAAAUUUAUUGAAUAAUUGUUAAUUAAAGUCAAUUCUUAACGUUAGAUGCGAAAAUAUAUUAAUAACCAAGAAUCUAGAACCAAAAAUUUCAAAUUUCAAAUAUAGUCGUGCUUUACAUGACAA